AUGGUUUCCUACACCCUCAUUUCAGCUGCUGUGCUUGCUAUCGCUGGUAUUUCGCCCUGGUCGGCAAUGGCUGCUCCUGUCAGCAGCUCCGAUAUGACAAGCGCUGAUGGUGGUCCCCCUGGUGGAGACAAUGGUAACCAUUGGGGUUGGUACAAGCAUGGUCACGAUGGCGAUCAAGGUGACGAAGGUGACAACCAAGGUGAUGAUAAUGACCAAGGUGACAAUGGUAAUCACUAUGGCUGGGGAAAGCACAAUCACACCAGUGAUGAUGGUCAACCUGCUCCAAGUUCGAGUUUUGGUGGCAACUAUCCCGAUCCCAUGCCUACAGCAUCCAUGUCAAUCAUGCCACUCCCAUCCAUGUCAGCAUCGCUUACACCAUCCGUUUCUUCAGGCUCUUCUUCUGCUACUCAAUCAGCUUCGGCUUCAGGCAAGCCAUCUGCAUCAGGAUCUUCAGCUGCACCAUCUUCCUCAAGCUCAGCCGGUAGUGGCUCUUCUGGCUCUUCGGAUCAAGACCAAAUCUUGGAAUUGCACAACAAGUUCCGCUCCCAACACUCUGCUCCUGCUCUCAAGUGGAACGAAACCUUGGCUGAAUUUGCUCAAAACUGGUCCGAUGGCUGCAAGUUUGAACAUAGCCAGAAUGGCAUGUAUGGUGAAAACCUUGCUUGGAACUAUGGCGAUUGGGAAAAGGCCAUCACCGCUUGGUAUGAUGAAGAAAAGGAUUACGACUACAACAGUGCAAGCUUCUCUUCUGGCACCGGACAUUUCACUCAAAUCGUUUGGGCUGAUACUACUCAAAUUGGUUGUGGUGUGAGCGAUUGCUCGAAUGGUCCCAUCUAUACUUGCAGCUACUACCCACCUGGCAACGUUCAAGGCCAAUUCAAGGAGAACGUCAAGCCCAACUAA